GGAUGAGAAAUUGGCAGCAUAUGUUUGUGGUAGUAGUGAGUGUGGGUGUGAGUAGUGAAUGUGGAGACAUGUACAACAACCAAGAGCAGAACAAGGCUCCUCCCAUCAUGAGCCCUAGAAUCUCCUUCUCCAACGACUUCGUCGAAUCUUCUUCUCGAUCCCAUUCCCAUUCUCGUUACCGCGACGCUCCCGUCUCCUCCGACUUCGAAUUCUCCGUCACCAACUACUCCAUGAUGUCUGCCGACGAGCUCUUCUCCAAAGGGAGGCUCCUCCCUUUGAAGGAGGGCAAAACCACCACCCUCCGCGACGAGCUCCAGAACGACGACGACGACGAAGACGAGGACGAUCAAGAUCGACAACGCCCCCCCAAGAAUCCCACUAGGUGGAGGGGCUUUCUUGGCCUUAGGAAGUCUCACAUUCCCUCUAAGAAGCUCACUCACAACUCUAUUGACAAAAGAGCUUCCUCUUUUCAUCAUCAUGACCACACCUCACAAUCACAGGAAUUUGGUGAUUAAAGAGUUGAGAAUCAGAGUACUCAUGUAUUUGUUAAUUAUUAGACUGUGGAAGGCAAAUUUUGGGGGAGGAAGGAUCUGGUUCAGGUUUCUGUUUGUAAUCAAGAUUGUAUUUGAAAAAAAAAACAAUUAAAAUAUCUCAAGCUCAUUUUUUUCGGGGUUAGUUAGUCCCAGUUUUCCUAUGCUAAUUAUUACUAAUAUAGUAGAAUCUUGCUGUUUUGACCAGUGCUAUCAAUUUUUAUAUUUUUGCU